GAAACUUAAAAUAUAAAACAUACAUCACAAUAUGCAGUGUUUCGAGGAGCCAUGGCGAAACAUCCCCAUAGAAAAUGAAUGGAGAGAUCAAAGGUAGAUUAAAUAGUUGAAGCAAUUAUUAUUACCAUUAUUGUUGUUGUUCACAUGUGUAAAAAAUAACAUAGUUCCGUCCAUUUAUAUAUCUUUCUUGUCAUUCAUUCAUUCAUUCAUUCAUUCUUUCAUUCAUUCAUUCAUUCAUGAAGUAUAGCCAAAGUUACAGACAGGAACAUGGUGAUAACAUAUGGCCCAGGCCAGAGGGCAGCCCAAUUAAUUCCUACAUGGAGCAAAAAUGAUUGUUUAGCCUCGGUUGCCCUGGGCGACGGGUGAAAGUUGAGCUGCACGAGCGGGGAGGACCCCGGGAAAAGUGACGUGAGCAGAUGGGGCUCCGUCCUCAGCAGCAUGCAGGAGAAGCUGUGUUGCUGUGAGAGCUGGUCUGGCCUCACACACAGACAGAGAAAACCGUGGUCAUGGUGUCAUAUGUGGAUGGUGACGGUGAAUCUGAGAGCGUUUACAAGCGCAGACGCACGAACGGCGGCGCGUCUGCUCCAGCAGCAGCAGCAGCGGUACUGUCACCUGCUCAGCAGCGGCACACAGCCAGACACAGGAAACAGAAACUCAUGUCCAAACUGAGUGACUCCGGUUUCGAAGACGAUUUGGGAUCCACUCCGGUUUCCCCCUCGGCUCAGAGGAACGUGUUUCGGUUAGACGAAGAGAGUCCAGCAUCAGAACAGCUGUCCAGCUGGUACCUGCAGUACGGAGACAUCGGCUUCACCAUCCAGAGGCAGAGAGAGGAGCAGUUUCAUCCCAGGAAAAGCUUGGCUCGUCAGCCACAACUGACUGCAGAGGCGCGGUGUAAGCUCGUCAGUUGGCUCAUCCCUGUACACAAACAUUUCCAUCUGUCAUUUGAAUGCUGCUGCCUGGCAGUGAACAUCAUGGACAGGUUCCUGGCGUCCACAGCAGUGGCUGCUGACUGCUUCCAGCUCUUGGGUGUCACUGCACUUCUCAUAGCCAGUAAACAGGUGGAGGUUUGCUCACCACGGAUCAGCCAGCUGUUGUCCCUAUGUUGCGAUACCUUCACCAAGGAGCAGCUCUGCAACCUGGAGUGUCUGAUCCUCCUCCGCCUCAACUACCGCCUCUCUGCACCCACCCUGGCCUUUUUCUUAGACUAUUACACCAACGGUAUUGCGGCUGCACAGCUUGUGUCUGCAGGUGGAUUGAACCCUGACACAAAAAGACCCAGGCAGUGUGGUGACCUUGCACGGAAAGUGUGCGAGUUGAGUUUAGCGGACUAUGCAUUCAACAAAUACUCACCGUCUCUGAUGGCUGGCUGUGCACUGAAACUAGCCAGUGAGCUGCUUAGUGCAGAACAAGGGCAUGUUGAUGUUGAGCGUGCAGUUGUCCAGUCACAGAGAGACAGUUUGGUGGAUGAGCUAUGUGGCCAAGCAGAAUCUGCCUCCUGUGAUAGUCCUGCAGGUCAGGAGAACCACAAUCUGGUCCAGGAAUGCAAAGACAACCUGAAGCUGCUGGUGUCAUUAAACCAGGAGACACUACAAGUCAUGUCCACUAUGUGACUGCAGUGACUGCACCACUCACAUGUUCACUGAAAGCCAAAAUCCUCUCCACUGUAUUUCAACAAGCGCAUAAUGUUAGAAUAAAGUGCCUCGUUACACUAAUAUGUGUUGAGAUGAAGGUGAUGUUCACAAGUAAAGUGAAGUCAGUCAUACUGUAUACUUGAAUGUUUUUAGUCUUAUAUUGUUUUAUAUUUAUGAAGA